UGUUAAGGAGACCCUUCUCUCCUUCCUUGCGACCAUUUGAGAUCGAUCCGGGAUGUGCGGUCACUGUCAGGAGGUUGGGAGCAAUCCCGGCCGGGCGUGCCCAUCGACUGAUCGCAUCGACGGUGCCCUCCAUCCGCCUUUCGAUCCUCCUCUUCACCUCAACGUUCCCGGGUCAUUGGCAACGAUACAGACGGCGGCCACGAAGAUAACACCGAAGGCUACUUCUCUUUCGGUCGAAGAAAAACGACUUAGAGCCGCUCAAGAACUCGUAGACAACGACGACCUGCUCGUCUACCUCUUGCUCGAUACGUUGACUUCUUCUCGAAGGCGGUUGGGAGCGCAUUACCAAAACCCAGUCUGGGCCACAAGGACAUGGAGGAUCACACCGAAAGCGAAAGAUAUCUCCUCCUUCUCGUCUGAUAUCGAAGUCGAGGAGUCUUCUUCUUCGAUACGACCUUUGAAGAUCUUGCAAGAAACAAUCUGUCAGGGCAAAUUCGACCGGUCCGACCGGGAUAGAUUUUGGGGGAUACCUCUCAUUUCAACGCACUGCGAAUCCAAAUCCAAGACCGAGUUGGAUAGGUUCGCCGCCCAUCUCGAACGUUAUGUUCGGCUCUAUCAUCCGGCUUCCCGGGUGGAGAUCCUGCCUACUUCUCGAUAUGGGGCUGUUACGGGGAAAGCAGAAUUGGGGGUCUUUGCUACGGCGCGUUUAUCACCAUACGACCCGGAUGUGAACGCGAAGGACAGAACCGCUCUUUUGUUGGACGAAUGCGAGGGGUUUCUGGCUCCUAUGCCGCUGACGUGGGAUCAGGAGCUUGAGAGGGAAGCCGAAGAAGAUGGGACGUGGAACCGCGAUCGCAAUCGAGAGCCGUCAUCGUCUUCCGUGACUACGGUGUCUCACGCUAUCGACCUCGAGAUACCAAGUCUCGGACCAUCUCCAUCGCCUGCACCUACUCCAGACACUGUCGCAUCAACAUCUGCCGCAAAGCUAGCCCCUUCCGGCGCCCCGAACACCCUCGCCCGUAAAUCCAUUCGGGGCUUCUCCAUCGUCGAGUCCGCUCGUCUCGGUCCCUGCAUGUACCUCGGGCCCGGACGUUUUGUCAACCAUGAUUGCCAACCCAAUUGUCAACUCACCGCCAAGAGUGGAAUGGCGAUGACCUUUCGGGUCGUAAAGGAGAUUCAAGUCGGUGAAGAGUUGACGACGUUCUAUGGCCCGAACUAUUUCGGGGUUGGCAAUUGCGAGUGUUUGUGCGCCACAUGUGAGAGGUAUGGGGAAGGGUGGUAUGCGUCGGGUACAAGCGGGAGUACCGGCGGGAGUGGACGGACGAUCGAGGAGGACGAGAUUGACGAUGGUGUGAUACCCAGCGUAGCCAGUACGAUGCAGCCCACCCUCAGCUCAAGGGAGAAACGAGAAGCAGCCAAGAAAUGUCUCACCUUGACGGCUGGGGUAUACCGUCGCAAGUACGAUAAAAAGGCAGCAAAGUGGGGUGCCGACAAUAGCAAGGCAGUCAAGUAUGCCUCGGGAACGGCGUCCGCUUUGGCGUCGAGCGCAGGAUCUGGAUCUAGAUCAGGAUCUGUUGCGGGAUCGAUAUCGCUAGAUCCGCCCGAUAUGAUACGAUGUGAACAGUGUCUCUCGGCUAUACCCUUGUCACGCGAGCGUGGCUCUUCUCGACGUGGCCGGAAUAGAUCGAAAACGCCGGUGUGCAGGAGAUGUCACCGCCAUUGGAAGAUCUUUCACCUUCCCUGGCCUGCAAGGACGACGCCUACGGUGGCUGCGUACCCACCAAAAUCCCUUCGCCCGGCAUGGUGGAAACCGACUCCGCUACAAAUACCCUUGGGCGUCGUCGCUUCCCAAGUGCUACGUACCGCUAUUCACAUCCGAGGAGGGAGUUUCGUGCCACUCCCCGAACCGGAACCGGAAGUACCCUUGCUACCGGCCAGUCGAGGCAAGAAGGGGAAAGCAAAGGCUGCAUCGCCACCAUCCAUGGCUCUCCCUUUCACUACCGAACCACCCGUAGCUCCUGGCUCUUCUCGCUCGAAACAAUCUGCCAAACCCUCACGCCAGACCGAGAAAGAGGAGCGUGCCAACAUCCAAAAGGGUAACGGGUUGUGGAAGGCUUGGGAAUGGGUCGAAGUCGAGAGCGCGUCGGCAUUCGUGCCCGUCGUCCUUCCCGAGGGUUCAAAACGAACUCGAAGGGCGAUCUCACAGACGGCUGCCAACACCACGCCCGCGACCCGAUCCAUGCGCAGAUCGAUCAAGGCUGAUACCCCGUCUGUCGACCGCAACGAGGAACCGGGGCUUUCUGGUCUGACUGAAUUUGGCCAGCGGACCAGGAUCGCCUCGUCGGCCGCAGAGCUUGACGAGAAGCAGGCGACUACUCCGGUUGCCCACGACAACGAACAGCAAAUCUUCGCCCUGACUCCGGAUCCAAUGCAGGAGAGUGGAACUUCCGUUCGCUCGGCGACCCCGGGCCCAUCUCGUCAGGCCGCAGAGAAAGUUCCCUCACCGGCCGUGAGCCGCAACGAGUCCAGGGUGAACACCUCAACCGGGAACCCAUGCUGCGAGGCCAUAAACGAUCCUACAACGCCGGCAUCCAGCGAGCCCGAAUUUAUGAUUGCCAUGCCGGUCCCGAGUACCAGCGCGACCACAGUCCGAUCUCCAGACCGCAAACGUCGCCGGGUCUACAGCAUAUCGGGAUCUGAAUCGGACGCCUCGCACAUGAUUACGCCGCGCCGUCCUGCGAAACGACGUCGAAUGAAGACUCGGCCAGAGCCGGAUGACGAGAUCAUUACCAUACACUCGUCGUCUAGCGAACGAUCUGAUUCGCCCAUACUCAUCAGCAAGGCGCCCGAGGAGCAAGCAGUCCUCGCCCAGAUGGAAGUGAUCGGUAAAAAGAAGGAGGCUUUCAGGCGGAGGAUGCAGCAGGGGUAAAUAGGGUCUGUGAAUAGGACGACUUGCUUCGUAAUUGCUAGCUAUACCAUGAGGUCCAGGUUAUGUACGGUUAAAACAAGGUAUACGAAAUCAAAGCGCUCGAAUUUGAGUGGACGAGAUAUUGUUUCGAAGGGAGCGCGAUUCAACUGAAAAAACGAAUUGGCCACUCGCCGUCGCCCGAGCAAUGUCUC